UAUAGCUCAAUAAACUCAGUAAACUACAUUAAGGAUGUCAGCGUUUCAGGCGAUCCCACCACCCGCUAUCCCAGCGUCCUUUGCGCGUUGACGAGCAAGGACAUCUUUCCGCAGAGCAUCGAGGACACAGCGAGCAAAGUCCCAAGACAUCUUAUUUAAUCUCAUAAAGAUGGCUGAGAAUAUCGAGGAGAAGAUCAAGAACUACAGGACUGCCCCUUUUGACGCCCGGUUCCCCAACACCAAUCAAACCCGCAACUGUUUCCAGAACUAUCUGGACUUCCACAGGUGCAACAAGGCCCUGUCAGCCAAAGACCAGGAUGUGUCUCCUUGUCAGUGGUACCAGAGGGUUUACAAAAGCCUCUGCCCCAAUAGCUGGGUUGCCAAAUGGGAUGAGCAGUUGGAGAAUGGAAGCUUCCCAGGGAAGAUCUGAAAUCAACAGGCUGUUAUUGAUCAAGACAGUCCACUGCAGGACAUUCUGUUACUUACACCAUUGACUGUAUUGUGCCUCAGGACAUAUUCAAACAGCUUUCACAUUGUCAUCUUCAUUGAUGUAACUGUUAUUAACUUAAACACGCACAACUUUUUAUCCUGCAUGUUAAGGUCUAAAGUUUUUUUCCCGUCUGUUGUAAAGUGGUGUUCAGCAUUAAUUAAUCAAUAAAUACAGUGCAAAUACCCCUAAAA